AUGGCAGAUUUUCAGUCUAACCAGCAUUGUUCUACAUUCCGGCAAUGCCCAAAAAAGCUUCAAUUCGUGAUUGUCAUCAUGGCCUUUAUAAUUACUACGGCCUUGGCAAGCAACAUACACACUCACACUUUUGUUAUACAAUCAAAGUCCGUAAAGAAGCUGUGCGGAACGUAUAAUAUAAUUACAGUGAACGGGCAGUUUCCAGGUCCGACGCUCUAUGUCAGUAAUGGGGACACUCUCGUGGUUAAAGUCCUUAACAAAGCGCAGUAUAACGCUACCAUCCACUGGCAUGGUGUGCGGCAGUUGCGAACAGCGUGGGCCGACGGACCAGAGUAUGUGACCCAAUGUCCAAUUCAGCCAGGAGGACACUAUACUUAUAGAUUCACCAUUACCCGCCAAGAGGGUACUCUGUGGUGGCAUGCGCACAGCUCUUGGCUUAGAGCUACAGUAUAUGGAGCCCUCAUUAUUUCUCCCAAACAUGGAACAUCUUACCCAUUUUGCAAGCCCGCCCAAGAAAUUCCCAUUUUACUUGGAGAAUGGUGGAACGCGAACCCCAUCGACGUCAUCAAUGAAGCUAAACGCACAGGAGGUGGCCCUAACAAUUCAGACGCUUUCACCAUAAAUGGCCAACCAGGAGACCUCUAUCCAUGCUCAGCUUCAGAUACAUUCAGAGUUGCUGUAAAGACAGGGCAAACUAAUCUUCUCAGACUGAUAAACGCUGCACUGAACAACGACCUCUUUGUUUCCCUCGCGAACCACAAAAUGACCGUGGUGGCCGUGGAUGCAUUGUAUACAAAGCCCCACAAAACACAAGUCAUCAUGUUGGGACCGGGCCAAACUACAGAUGUUCUUGUGAAAUUCAGUAAAACUGCAGGCAGAUUUUACUUGGCUGCUCAUCCAUAUGGAAGUGGUAGUGGACCCUCAUUUGCUAACUCCACUACUGCAAUCUUCGAGUACAGUAAAGAAAGUUUAUCCACCUCACUAACUCCUAAACUCCCUAAACUUCCCAUGUGCAACGACACCAAGACUGCAACAAAAUUUGAAAGCAGUCUGAGAAGCCUGGCGUCUCUAAACCAUCCUGUUUCUGUUCCCCAGAAAGUUGAUGAAAAUCUUUUGUACACGGUGGGAUUGGGACUAAUCAACUGCCCCAACCAUUCAUGCGCAGGUCCCAAUGGCGCAAGAGCUGCAGCAAGCAUGAAUAAUCACUCAUUUGUACUGCCAAAGUCCUUGUCAAUACUGCAAGCUUACCGUUUAGGCAUCGAUGAAGUCUUUACAGAGGACUUCCCAGAUAGCCCUCCGCUGCAGUUCGAUUAUACUGCUCAGAAUAUCAGCAGUGGCCUUUGGUCAACAGUGACAAGCACCAAAGUAAAAGUACUGAAAUAUAACACUUCAGUGCAAGUAAUUCUCCAGGGCACCAAUAUCAUAGACCCCAGUAGCCAUCCAAUUCAUCUUCACGGGUAUGACUUUUACAUCGUAGGAUCAGGAUUUGGCAAUUAUAAUGCAGAGAAAGAUUCUCGAAAGUUCAAUUUGGUGGAUCCUCCCAAGCGCAAUACUGUCAAUGUUCCAGUCAAUGGAUGGGCUGCCAUUAGAUUUGUAGCUGACAAUCCGGGUGCAUGGUUCUUCCACUGUCACUUGGACUUGCACAUUGGGUGGGGUUUAGCAAUGGUGUUUUUGGUGCAAGAUGGACCUGACAACGCCUCCACUCUCCAGCAGCCUCCUCCAGAUCUUCCAAAAUGCUGA